CACACUCUCUCUCUCUCUAAAUUUAUCGUUUUCCUUUAAUUCUCUCUCUAAAUGUCUUCAUCUAUACUCUUUCUGUAAUUCUUCUCUCUCUCUCUCUCUCUCUCCUCUAGCUCUGCAAUCCCGUCGUCAAAAUCCCUACCUUUCCCUCUCUCUAUCUCUCUCUACAACUUCGAGAAAAUGUGUGGGAUUUUCGCUUACCUAAAUUACAAUGUGUUUAGAGAGAGAAGAUACAUAUUAGAGCUUCUAUUCAACGGCCUUCGUCGCCUGGAAUACAGAGGCUACGAUUCCUCAGGAAUCUCCAUUGACUCAGAUCCCUUCCCCUGUUUGACGGAUCCCCUGUCUAAAUCCCCCAUUUCCCCCUCCCCACCCCUCGUAUUCAGGCAAGAGGGAAAGAUCGAGCAUCUUGUUCGCACUGUGUACCAAGAGGCAGAUGGGAUGGAUCUGAAUAUGGAGGAGAGGUUUCAGGUGCAUGCAGGGAUUGCACACACGCGAUGGGCGACACAUGGGGUCCCCUCACCAAGGAAUAGCCAUCCUCAAUCAUCCGGAGCAGGGAAUGCGUUCUUGGUAGUUCAUAAUGGAAUUAUUACUAAUUAUGCGGUUUUGAAGGAGACCCUUAUUAGGCAUGGAUUUGAGUUUGAGUCAGAAACUGAUACAGAAGUCAUUCCAAAGCUAGCAAAGUUUGUAUUUGACAAGUUAAUGGAACACAAAGCAGAUGAUGCUGAAGGUGAUCAGAAUGUCUCUUUUAGUCAAGUGGUUAUGGAAGUUAUGAGGCAACUUGAAGGAGCAUAUGCACUAAUCUUCAAGAGCCCACAUUAUCCGAAUGAGUUGAUUGCAUGUAAACGUGGUAGUCCAUUGCUUCUUGGUGUUAAAGAGCUAUCUGAAGACUCGAACAAUGGAGCAUCAUUUGAUGAUAGUGAGUUCCUCAUGAAGAAUGAGAAACCUAAAGAACUAUUUUUCGCAAGCGAUGCUAAUGCUCUGAUUGAACACACAAAGAAAGUGUUGGUAAUUGAGGAUAAUGAAGUUGUGCAUCUUAAGGAUGGAAGUGUAUCGAUCCUCAAGUUCGAUACCGACAAGGCCAAAAGUGUUGGUGGUCUUCCUAGACCUGCAUCUGUACAACGUGCAUUAUCUGUUCUCGAGAUGGAGGUUGAGCAGAUUAAAAAAGGUAGCUACGAGCAUUUUAUGCAAAAAGAGAUCCAUGAACAACCUGAGUCUCUAACCACUACAAUGAGAGGGAGGCUUAUCAGAGGUGGGUCUUGCAAUGCAAAGGGUGUCCUCUUGGGUGGGCUUAAAGAUCACUUAAAAACAAUUAGGAGAAGCCGACGAGUUAUUUUUAUUGGCUGUGGUACAAGCUAUAAUGCAGCUUUAGCAGCAAGACCGUUCUUGGAAGAGCUUUCUGGCGUGCCUGUUUCUAUGGAACUUGCAAGUGAUUUGUUGGACAGGCAAGGGCCAAUUUACCGAGAAGAUACAGCUGUUUUUGUUAGUCAGUCUGGAGAAACUGCCGACACUUUGCUAGCCCUUGAAUACGCCUUAAAAAAUGGGGCAUUAUGUGUUGGUAUUACAAACACUGUCGGCAGUGCCAUAGCCAGGAAUACUCAUUGUGGGGUCCACAUAAAUGCUGGGUGUGAGAUUGGCGUGGCUAGUACUAAGGCAUACACAAGUCAGAUUGUUGUGAUGGCCAUGCUUGCUAUAGCAGUUGGAGAUGAUGCUAUAUCGAGUCAAUCAAGAAGAGAAGCUGUCAUAGAUGGCUUAUUUGAUCUUCCAAACAAAGUUAGAGAGGUAUUGAAACUUGAUGAUGAAAUGAAGGAUCUUGCAAAACUAUUGAUGGACGAGCAGUCUCUUCUUGUGUUUGGCCGUGGCUAUAACUAUGCGACAGCUUUAGAAGGUGCACUCAAAGUGAAAGAAGUGGCUUUAAUGCACAGUGAAGGAAUACUUGCAGGGGAGAUGAAGCAUGGUCCUUUGGCAUUAGUUGAUGAAACAUUACCAAUUGUUGUUAUCGCUACCCACGAUAAUUGCUUCAGCAAGCAGCAAUCAGUUAUCCAACAACUUCAUGCUCGUAAAGGUCGGUUGAUAGUGAUGUGUUCAAAAGGAGAGGCUUCUUUAGUAUGCCCUAGUGGAUCCUGUCGAGUUAUUGAAGUGCCUCAAGUUGAGGAUUGCCUUCAACCUGUUAUCAAUAUCAUUCCUUUGCAGCUGCUGGCUUACCACUUAACUGUUCUGCGCGGAUAUGAUGUAGACCAGCCAAGAAACCUUGCAAAAAGUGUGACUACCCAGUGAUGGGGUACUCAUUUUCUAACUGAAGAUUGGCAUCCUUGAAUUCUUUCGUAUAAUAUUAACGGCCAAUAUAUCAGCCCACAUAACCUUAAGUCAGUUUGCAGGUCACAUGUGAGGCGCAUGCUUGCCUGGUCAAUGAUCUAUGUGUGUGCGUGUUCUAAGGCACUCACAAUCUUUGAGUUGAGUUUGUAGGCGCUAUUUUUUGCAGUAAAUAUUUAGAUGAACACUGGCUCUUUAAUUCAUCAAGCACUCACAUGACCUAUGCGUCCUUUUUACGCGGUUUUGUGAUAUUUGUGCAUUCAUGUUU